UUUCGUUGCUAGGAAUCAGCUGUUUUCGCUUUUCGAUCGCGUCAUUCUCGUUUUUGUGGUUUUUGGGUUUGUAGAGUGCGCGACGCGUAUAAAAAUAAAUCAAUAAACGCCACCGGUCAAUAGUUUUUGUUGCUUUAGCCCAUAUUUUCGUAUACUUUUGGAGUCCAAACCGUAUUUUUUGUAAAUACAAGAUGAACAGUCCGCAUUUAGCAAGAGGUUCAAGGCAGCCCUCUCCACCACCGAAGGGCAAGCUACGCUUAUACAGCAACAGAUUUUGUCCCUAUGCCCAAAGGGUCAUGUUGGUAUUAGAUGCUAAAAAGAUUGCUUAUGAUGUGGUCAACAUUAAGCUCUACAGUAAACCAGAAUGGUUCUAUGAUGUGUGUCCAAGCGGUAGAAUCCCCGCACUAGAACUCGAAACUGGCGACGUACUCUAUGACAGUUUGGUGAUUGCGGAUUAUUUAGACGAAAAAUAUCGGGCUCAUCAUCUACACAGCCAGGACCCAUUACAGAAAGCCAAGGAUAAAUUAUUGAUUGAGGAAUUUAGUAGAAUAGUCAACGCGACUUCUCGAUGCAUACAAAGUAUUGGUCGUGGUCUGGACAGUGACGACGUAAUAGUCAAUGGCCUCGCGCGUUUCGAACAUGAACUCGCCAAUAAUAGAGGCACGCCAUUCUUCGGUGGUGUAAAGCCGGGAAUGUUAGACUUGAUGAUCUGGCCUUGGUGCGAAAGAGCCGAAAUUCUCAAAUUUUUCGGUUCAGUCAAUUUGCUGAAUAAGGACAAAUACAAGAAACUGAUGGAAUGGUCCAGAAGGAUGUCUGAGGAACCCAGCGUAAAAAGAAGCAUGAUGGACUCCGACACACAUAUUAAAUAUUUGCAAUCUUACAGGGCCGGAAGACCAGAUUACGAUAUGAUACUUAAUUCUACCAAUUAAAACGUAAUAAUAAUAAUAUAUCAUAAUAUGCACUAUGAGCACAAAAUUACAUGAAAUAUGUGUUUUUUUUUGGUAAAACAUAUGUUGGUACAAUUGUUCAUAAUAUAUUUAUCAUCGUUGGUGUUUAUUUAUCACAAAGUGAUAACGAAUAAUGCAAGCUUACCCAUAAGCAUUUUUUAGAUAUAAGUUCUGAAUUAAAACGAUUAAACAUUACUAACUACUAGGUAGACAAAAUGAAAUCUAUAUUAAUGUUAAAGCUAUAAUAUUAUUAUUUGAAGUUAUUGUCUAGACUGGCAGUUGAGUUGAGGGCAAUCGAUGUUUAAGAUAUAACGUUAAAGGCAUUUAUGUUGGUUAUAAAUAUUUUUGAGAUUAUUUAAUAAAGUAUUUCAGUUUG